AUGGCCCAACCUCAGUUCUUCGAAACUAUCACUAAGUCCUUCACCGAAGUGACCAUCACCGAGGCUGGUGUGGACACAGCUGAAUUCCUCGAGGCUGCCGAGAACCUCGUCAAGAUCUUUGGUCUCUUCGGCAACCCAGCCUUUGUCGUCGUACAGAAUGACUUAACAGGUAACAUCGCUAAAGUAAGAGCCUACCUCGCUCACAAUCCCGAAUCCGGUAAAACCCUCGAAUCCCUCUUAGCAGCUGAAAAGGCCAGUAUUCCCAAAGCGAAAGAUAGAGUUGCUACCGACGCUUUGAUGUGGUUAUUGAGAGGAUUGAAAUUCACUUCGUUGGGAUUGAAGAUCAACUUGGAUAAUCCAAAUGAAGAACUGAGCGAGAGUUUCACAAAAGGCUAUGAAGGUAGUUUGAAGAAGUAUCAUGGGAUGAUGGUCCGACCUGUUUUCUAUCUCGCAAUGAAAGCAUGCCCAUACAGAGCUACGUUCUACCCCAAACUCGGUGAGCCCCAAUCGGAGGUCUUACCCAAACUCCAAGCUUGGCUCAAGGCCCUCCAAGAUAUCGUAGCUAAGGAAGAAGGUGUGUUCAAAGCUGGUGGAUACGGUGAGAUCUAA